GUGGCAGCACGGCGAUGUUUCGGCCAGCCUGUCUUCACUGGAUCGCUGCCCUUUCGCUGUGAGCAUGCGCGCGGUCCAUCGGGUACUCGUGCUUACGGACAACUCCGCCGAGACACUGGAGCGAUGUUGGGUGGUGUUUGAAGCAGCCUUGGCGCACGAGCUGCGAAAGGACUACAACAUCUGCCUUCCUGACGACGGAGAUACCGACUGUUGGAACAUAGUCGGACGAAAGCUGGAGAAAGUGGAUGUGGAGGCGUGCAAAGCUUCCAACCAGAAGGACAAGCAAGAGAUCCUGGCUUACAUUCGACGCCAGACGGGAGGCAUCACCGAAUUAAAUCGCACCGUGCGGAUGAUUGCACGCCAGGCAAUGGAAAGAGCAGAGCUCAUGGCUGCAGCAGUCGCAGGAGACUUGGGUCGAAUAUGCCGUUCUUCCAAGGAGGAGCUCCAGACCUGGCGCAACAUCCGAGGGAGGACCGUGACGCACGUGGCGGCCGCGUGUUCGCAGGUGGCGGCCAUGGUCGCCGUACUGGAGCGGACGGAGUACACGCAUCUGAACCUCUUGGAUGAGGACUCGCGGUCUCCCCUGGGAGUGGCCGUCGAGUGUGGACAGAUUGCCAGCGUCCUCGCACUCCUGGCUCUUCGAGCCAACGUCGAGCUUCGAGCAGAGGGUGGCUACACGGCUUUACAUCUGGCGGCAAUGGGUGGCCAUCCCGACAUCACGCAGGCCCUGGUGGACUUGAAGGGAGACCUGGAGGCCGAGACCGUCUACAACGGUCGCGCUGGCCAUCGUCCGUUGACAAUCGCCUGCCAAGAGGGAAACGAGAACAUCGUGCGCCUUCUGGUGGCCAACAAGGCCAACAUGGAAGCAAGGACAUCCACGGGGGCUGCCGCGCUGCAUGUGGCGGCCUGGACAGGCAAAGCCGAGGCGGCAGCUGCACUCUUGGCUGGAAAUGCCGAGGUCGACAUCACCACCGAGGACAUGUUCACGCGCACGCCGCUCGCCUUGGCGCUGAUGAACGGCCACUCCACAGUGGUGGGCCUGCUCCUAGGGGCCAAGGCAGACGUCAGCGCGCAGGAGGAGUCCGAGGACAUCCUCACCCCGGCGCACACGACCCGGAGCCGGAAACGCAGGAACCACAAGUAUUCCCGCAAGGAUUCACGCAGAGAUUCGCAGAUCUUGCUCCAAAAGCACGACUCCGAAAAGUCUUCGGAUGUCACCAUCGAGAGACGACACUCGAAGAGAGACUCCCUCACGUCAGAGGCGGCCGCAUCUCUUGCAAGGGCAUCGGUAGCAUCGAUGUCAGUGUCGCAUGCCGGUACGGAAACGAGCCACGUUAGCAGGGAGCGGUCCAGUUCCAGCCACUCUGUGACCUUCGAAGAGGCAGCGGACAUCAAGUUCUUCGCGGACACAUCUUCCAGCCUGGAUGAGGCUGCCUUCAUCUUCAACCUUGACGACGACCCCGGUUCUGACGAAGAGAGUGGGACAGCU